AUGGCGUUGGUUGGAAUGGAAUUCAACGCGCCUUUGCGCACCGUCAAGCGGGUCCAAUUUGGUGUUCUUGGACCGGACGAAAUUGUAGGUUUUUACAACUUUUUUUUGAGUGGUUUAGAAGAGUACUAGUUGAUCUCAAGGAUAAGGUCCUAAUUCUCCGAAUUUUGGCCGAGAGUUGUCGAAAUUGAAAGAGUUUGAUACUUCAAGGUCUAGACGAACUUAUUCCGUCACUUUUCAGCGAUCCAUGUCCGUUGGAGAGAUCAAAUUCGCAGAGGUUUACGACGAAGGGAAGCCGAAGCUGGGCGGGUUGAUGGAUCCCCGCCAGGGAUGCAUUGACAAGAAAGGUCGAUGUAACACUUGCGCCGGAUCCUUGACAGAUUGUCCUGGGCAUUUUGCUCAUCUGGAGUUGGCCAAGCCGGUCUUCUACAUUGGAUUUUUGACAAAAACAUUGAAAGUAUGUUGAUUUUGUUUUUUUCUUGGAAUUUAGGUGGAAUGCUGAAGAAAAGAUGUUGUAGCUUCUUGAUUUGGAGGUCUAGUUGCUGGAAGUGGAUUGUAUGAGCUGCCUAAAAUCUUAUGGCAUCUGUUAGUCGCAAAAUUGUUGCAAUCCUGGUGUAUUUUUUGUCCUGAAAUUCUUGUUUUAGUUUGACCCGCCAAAUCGCAAGAAUAAUAUAAUUUUUUAUGGGUUGUUGUUACAUUUAUCGAUCGAUUAUUGUCUGAGUAGUAGAAAUAGUCUUUAGAAAGUCUGUUUGACUGAAAAAAGUUUUGGAUGAUCUGUUUUCAUCGAAAAAUAACCUUAUCAUAUACAUCCUUACCAAAAUUCAUUUCAGCUCCUCAGAUGUGUUUGUUUCUACUGCAGUCGUCUGUUGGUGGACAAGGACAACCCAAGAGUCCAAGACAUUCUCCAGAAGACGAAAGGAAACCCCCGUCGUCGAAUGGGCUUGAUCUACGACAUGUGCAAAGCCAAGACAGUAUGCGAAGGGGUGGAUAACUUGGAUGGAGCGAACAUGGAAGAGUUGAACGAAGCUGAAAGAGAGCUGAAGGCCGGAGGAUGUGGUCGCUAUCAGCCCUCCUACCGACGAACUGGAAUUGAAGUCACAGCCGAGUGGAGAAAGCAUGUUAACGAGGACACCCAGGAGAGGAAGAUCGUCCUCACUGCCGAGAAGGUUUUGGAGGUGUUCAAGGGAGUCACCGAUGAGGAUAUUGAAAUCAUGGGUCUGGAUCCGAAGUUUUCAAGGCCUGAGUGGAUGAUUUGCCAGGUCUUGCCGGUCCCUCCACUUCCAGUUCGACCAGCCGUGGUUACCUUUGGAUCAGCCAGAAAUCAAGACGAUUUGACCCAUAAACUGGCUGAUAUCGUCAAAACUAAUAAUCAGUUGAUGGCGUAAGUUGAUUUAGUCUUUUUUGAAUUGGUUUUUAGGGAAGUUAUUGACUGAUGCUUGGAGCUAUAUUGAUCUAGACAUCAAUUUCUGGAAAAAAAUCAAAUUUUUUUGCGAUUUUGAAUAAAUAAUGGAUGUUUUCUGAUGUAGAACGGCUCUAAAUUGAGUGUAAAUUUUAGAGGGAUUAAUUCUCAAUAGUUUAGAGAUAAGGGGAUAACAAAAAUUUUUCGAAAUAAUCGGGUUUUUUCGCAACAUUUUUCUCAACUCUUCCGUUUUUAAUCCGCUCUUUUUUAGCAAUGAAUCCGGCGGCGCGGCAGCUCACGUUAUCGCCGAAGAUGUCCGCCUCCUCCAGUAUCACGUUGCCACAAUGACAGACAAUCAAAUUCCCGGAGUCCCAACGGCCACACAAAAAGGCGGACGACCUCUGAAGUCGAUAAAACAACGUCUGAAGGGAAAAGAAGGCCGAAUCAGAUGUAACUUGAUGGGAAAACGUGUCGACUUCUCGGCUCGUACUGUCAUCACGCCAGAUCCGAACCUGCCAAUUGACACGGUUGGAGUCCCACGAACAAUUGCUCAGAACAUGACAUUCCCAGAGAUUGUGACACCAUUUAAUAUUGAUAAGUAAGGAGAGAAGGGAAUUUGGAAGAAAGGAUAUGGGAUAUUUUGGCGGUUUGAGGGAUUUUGAUAUUGUUUUAGACGAUUUUUUGACAAGGAAAGUACUUUUAUGGGGUAUGGAGUUACAGGUCGAGACAUAUACCAAAAAAAUCGCGAAAUUUUCUGAUUCAGAAGAUGUAAAAAUUAGCUGCCCAAUUUUGGUUUGUAAGGGCGAAAAAAUCCUCAGAACUUUUCUCGCAACAUCACCCAAAUGCCCCUUUUUUACAUUGGAACUACUAAUUAUAAGGUAUAGUAUUAAUAUAAUUUGAUAUUUUAAGGCUUGUCAAGAUGCCAGGGUUUACUUAUUUUGACCAAGUUUUUACCAAUUCAAAACCUUUGUUUGAUCCAAAAGUAAACCCUGGCAUCUUUAAAAGCCUUAAAAUAUCAAAUUGGAUUAAUACUACACCUUAUAAUUAGUAGUUCCAAUGUAAAAAAGCUACAUUUGUGUGGUGUUUCGAGAAAAGUUCUGAAGGUUUUUUCGCUCUUACAAACCAAAAUUGGGCAGCUAAUUUUUACAUAUUCUGAAUCAGAAAGAUUUUGAAAUUGUUUGAUACAUGUCUCGACCUGUAACUCCAUACCCCAUAGAAGUACUUUCCUUGUCAAAAAAUCGUCUAAAACAAUAUCAAAUUUACGGAGAGAUUAUGCCAUUUUUUGUCAAAUUUUGACCUUAUUGUAGUCUAUCAUACCUUAUUUUAGACUCCAAGAGCUUGUGAACCGCGGCGACACGCAAUACCCGGGUGCCAAGUACAUCAUCAGAGAGAAUGGGCUCCGUGUCGAUUUGCGCUACCAUCCCCGAGCCGCCGACCUGCAUCUGUUGCCCGGCUACCGAGUGGAACGGCACAUGCGAGACGGCGACAUCAUCGUGUUCAACCGCCAACCCACCCUCCACAAAAUGUCCAUGAUGGGGCACAGAGUGAAGGUCCUCCCAUGGUCCACAUUCCGCAUGAAUCUCUCGGUCACAACCCCGUACAACGCGGACUUUGACGGCGAUGAAAUGAAUCUCCACUUGCCCCAAAGUCUGGAGACAAAAGCCGAAAUUAUGGAAAUUGCGAUGGUCCCCCGCCAACUCAUCACCCCGCAGGCCAACAAACCCGUCAUGGGCAUUGUGCAGGACACGCUGUGCGCCGUCCGCAUGAUGACAAAGAGGGAUGUGUUCAUUGAGUUGCCCCGAACCAUGGAUCUGCUGAUGCACUACCCAGACUGGGACGGAAAGAUCCCACAGCCCGCCAUAUUGAAGCCCAAACCGUUGUGGACGGGAAAACAAAUGUUCACGCUGAUUAUUCCGGGUGAGUUGGGAGAAAAUUGCAGGAAAUUUUAUAUUGUUUUAGGGGAGGUGGGUGCUAGAUUUUUUUUCGAAGUUUUUGGAAAAGUCCUUGAUUUUUUUGAAGGAAAUGAAGAAUUGAUGAAAGUUUAGGUAUUUUUGGGGAUUCUGAAAAGGAUUUGAGCUCCGAGGGUUACUGUAUUUUUUUGGGAUUUGUCGAAUUUUAUGUGAUUUUGAGAUUUUUUUGAAAAUUGUUGGGAAAGCGACUGGGAAAUUGGGGUUUUUGUAUGAAGAAUGAGACUUUAUGAAGCCUUAGAAUUUUUAAAAUACGAGGGGAAUAUCUUCGAGCGGUAUAAAAUAUGCUGAUUUUUGGCCUGGAACAGUUGAUUUUUGAAUUAUUUUUUUAUGAAAUUGACAAAAAUUAAUGGUGAAGGCCAAGAGAAUUGAAGGCAUGGUCUUUUCCCGCUGAUUGUUGUUGAAUAAACCUAUCAGCGUCAGCAGCUAUGCAACAGAAGCAAAUUUGGUUUAAAAAUUGGGGUUUGGAGCGGAGAAUUUGAAAUUUUAGUGUAUUUUUUGAGGUUUUAUGAGGUUUUUUGGUUGGUUUCUGAUGUUUAAGUAAUUAAAAUUGUAUUUUAGGUCAAGUCAACUGUCUUCGAACCCAUUCCACCCACCCGGAUGACGAAGACAGCGGUCCGUACAAGUGGUUAUCACCCGGCGAUACGAAGGUCAUUAUCAUCAACGGCGAACUGCACGCCGGCAUCAUCUGCUCGAGAACGAUCGGAAAAAGCGCCUCGAACUUGUUGCACGUCUGCACACUCGAACUUGGCCAUCAGAUCGCCGCCAGAUUCUACUCGCACAUUCAGGUAGGUGAAGGUCAAAAAUUGAAUGCCAUGGAUAAGAUGAUGGGUGUGUGGGCUCAAAAAUAGUCUACAAAAAAGCCUAAUGAGUUGGUUUAGCUGAUCGUGAACGCUUGGCUGCUAGCGGAAGGUCAUACCAUCGGUAUCGGCGAUACAAUUGCGGACCAGGCCACCUACCGAGAUAUCCAAGAAACCAUCCGAAAAGCGAAGCAAGAAGUGGUGGAUGUGAUUGAACGAGCCCACAAUGAUGAACUAGAACCAACACCUGGAAAUACCCUCAGGCAAACUUUUGAAAAUCAUGUGAAUCGAAUCCUGAACGACGCCCGAGAUCGAACCGGAAGUUCGGCUCAAAGAUCCCUCUCCGAAUUCAAUAAUUUCAAAGCCAUGGUGGUCGCUGGGUCCAAGGGAUCCAAGAUUAAUAUCUCACAGGUAAACAGGGAAAAUUUGAAGGGAAGUGGAGGCAGUUUUGAGAGGAAAUUAUAUUGUUUUAGAUAAAAAGUGGGGUUUUUUGGCUAUUUUUUGAAAUUUUGGGAAGCAAUAGGGGAGAUGUUUGGUGAAAUGGAAAGGAAAUGUAAGUUCUGGAGUUGGUGCGGUAUUUUAGUGUGGAUUAAGAGCGACUUGGAGGGUUGGUGAUAUUAUUUUAGAAAAAAAUUUUAAAAUUUUUCACAAGGAAAGUACUUUUAUAGGGUAUGGAGUUACAGGUCGAAAGAUAUAUCAAAAAAUUCGCAAAUUUUUUUUGAUUCAGAAGAUGUAAAAACUAGCUGCCUAGUUUUGGUUUGAGGGCGAAAAACACCUCAACACCACGCAAAUGCUUUUUUGACCAAGUUUUUACCAAUUCAAAAGCUUUGUUUUGAGCUAAAGUAAACCCUAAUUGAUAUUUUAAGGCUGGUCAAAAUGCCAGGGUUUACUCUAGCUCAAAACAAAGCUUUUGAAUUGGUAAAAACUGGGUCAAAAAAGCAUUUUCGUGGUGUUGCGAGGAAAGUUCUGAGGAUUUUUUCACCAUUACAAACCAAAACUGGGCAGCUAUCUUUUACAUAUUCUGAAUCAGAAAAAUUUUGCGAAUUAUUUGAUGUAUGUCUCGACCUGUAACUCCAUACCCCAUAGAAGUACUUUCCUUGUGAAAAAUUUUAAAAUUUUUGUCUAAAAUAAUAUCACCAACCUUCCAAGUCGCUCUUAAUCCACACUAAAAUACCCCACCAACUCCAAAAAUUACAUUUUAUACCCAUUCCACCAAAAAAACAAAAAAAAUGUUUAUUUUUUCAAAACUUUUGAUGAAGUGUGGCUUUUCUGACCUUUUUUUAUCAAAGAUAAUUCAAAAAAUUUUCAGGUUAUUGCCUGUGUGGGCCAGCAGAACGUGGAGGGUAAGCGAAUUCCGUUCGGUUUCCGGCACCGAACCCUCCCCCACUUCAUCAAAGACGACAACGGACCGGAUUCGCGUGGGUUCGUGGAGAACUCGUACCUGGCCGGCCUCACGCCCGCCGAGUUCUUCUUCCACGCGAUGGGAGGACGUGAGGGACUGAUCGAUACGGCCGUCAAAACCGCCGAGACCGGCUACAUCCAGCGCCGGCUGAUCAAGGCCAUGGAGUCGGUGAUGGUGAAUUACGAUGGAACCGUACGAAACGCCGUCGGCCACAUGAUCCAGCUGCGCUACGGUGAGGAUGGACUGGACGGAACUUGGGUGGAAAAUCAGAGUUUGGGAACAUUGAAGCCAAACAACGCCCUGUUCGAAAAGGAAUACCAUCUGGACACGGGAAAUAUAAGAGAACUGAAGGACUUGUACACGGACGAGGUUUACCGUGACUUAACCACCACCCCAGGCCAUCAACAGAUGUGCAAUGAUGAAUGGAUCCAACUCCAGGAGGAUCGACGGCUCUUGAGGAAGAUCUUCCCCAAUCCCAAUGUGAAAAUCCACUUGCCUUGCAACUUGUCGAGACUGAUUUGGAAUGCACAGAAAAUCUUUCAUGUCGAUCUGAGGAAGAGAUGUGAAUUGUCACCAUUGAAGGUAGGGAUUAUUGAUUUGAAGGGUUUUUGGGGGAAUUGUUUUUUUUUUUUUUUUUUUUUUUUUUUGAAAGUGGUAGUGAAUUUGGGGACUUUAUGAGUUUGCACGGUGCAGAGAUUUUUUUGUUGGAAAUUUGGAAAUUGCACGGUGCGGCAGGGAUGUUGGAGAAAUUUGAGGUGUGAAAAAGAACGUUUAGGUGGUGUGUGUAGUGGAGAAAUAAAUUUUAAUUUUUUUUGCGCUGUGCAAGGUGGGACUUUUUUGGUAUUUUUUGUGAUCGCACGGUGCAGAGAAUUUUUGUUGGAGAUUGCACGGUGCGGCAGGGAGAUUUGAGAAAUUUGAGGUGUGAAAAAUAAUUUUUAGGUGGUGUGUGUAGUGGAGAAAAGAAUUUUUAAUUUUUUUGAAAUGUGCAGAUGGGAUUUUUUGACAUUUUUUGUGAUUGCACAGUGCAGAGGAUUUUUUGGAAAUUGCACGGUGCGGCAGGGAUGUUUCAGAAAUUUGAGGUGUGAAACAGAAGGUUUAGGUGCUGUGUAUAGUUGGGAAAAGAAUUUUUACUUUUUUUUGAAAUGGGCAGAUGGGAUUUUUUGGCAUUUUUUGUGAUUGCACAGUGCAGAGGAUUUUUUGGAAAUUGCACGGUGCAUAGGAUAGUUGGGGUAUUUUGAAGUACUAUUGAAAGGUUUAGAAAUUCCUAACAUGAUUUUAAAAAAAAAAAAUUAUUUUUUGUGCACGGUGAGAACACACAAUUUUUUGAUUUUUUUCUAUUUUUUAUUUUAUCUUUUUCUAAUUUUUGAAAUUUCAGGUCAUCGAAGGCAUCAAGGAGCUCUCGAAACGCCUGAUCAUUGUCGGUGGCGAGGACCGAAUCUCCCAACAAGCCCAAUACAACGCCACACUCCUGUUCAACAUCCUGCUCCGCUCCACAUUCAGCUCCAAACAGAUGGCCAAAACGCAUCGCCUGAACGCCGAGGCCUUCGAAUGGGUGCUGGGCGAAGUGGAGACCCGCUUCAAUCAGGCGAUCGCGCAGCCCGGCGAAAUGGUGGGCGCACUCGCCGCGCAGUCGCUGGGAGAGCCGGCCACUCAGAUGACCCUGAACACCUUCCAUUAUGCUGGAGUGUCCGCAAAGAACGUGACGCUGGGAGUGCCCAGAUUGAAGGAAAUCAUCAACGUCUCCAAAAAGCCCAAAACCCCCUCGUUGACCGUGUUUUUAACGGGAAAUGCGGCCAAAGACGCGGAAAAAGCGAAAGAUGUCCUGUGCAAGCUGGAGCACACAACCUUGAGAAAAGUCACCGCCGAAACUGGAAUUUUCUACGACCCUGGAGUGGUGGAAACCUGCAUUGAGGAAGAUAAAGAUUGGGUACAGAUUUUCUACGAAAUGCCGGAUGCUGACCCAUCGAACGCCGGACCAUGGCUGCUGAGAAUCAAAAUGGACCGAAAGAGGUAUGGAGAAGAUAAAAUAACAUGAAAAAUGAAGCUUUUUGCUAUGGAAGAGGUUGAAAUGGAGUGGAAAAGGCAUUUAGCACAGAUUGGCGGAGAAAGUUUUGAGUUGACACUUUGCAACAAAAAUUAUCGAUUUUUGUGACAUUUCGUUAAACUCGGGAAAGUGAAGGAUUUUGAUGGGAAAUGAGUUUAGAGCUGCUUUAAAUAGGAUUUGGAGAUUUUUUUGGUGAAGUUGACACUUCGCAACAAAAAUUAUCGAUUUUUUGUGAUAUUUCGUUAAACUCGGGAAAGUGAAGGAUUUUGAUGGGAAAUGAGUUUAGAGCUACUUUAAAUAGGAUUUGGAGAUUUUUUUGGUGGAAUUUGAGUAUGGACAUUGCAAAAAAUUGGAUUUUUUGAAAAAUUUUUAAAAAAAUUUUUGGUUUUGAAAUUUUUGCAAUUUCCAGAAUGACGGACAAGAAACUGACGAUGGAAGGAAUCGCCCGUCGAAUUAACGAAGGCUUCGGCUCGGAUUUGCAUGUGAUCUACACCGACGACAACUCGGAAGACCUGAUUUUCCACAUCCGCCUCACCAAGAACCCCUCGGAAAAAGACACCGAAGAACAGCUGGACAAGAUGGAGGACGAUGUGUUCCUGAGGUGCAUUGAGACUAAUAUGCUGAGUGAUUUGACCCUCCAAGGAAUCGAGGCCAUCUCCAAGGUGUACAUGCACAAACCAACGACCGAUGACAAGAAAAGAGUGGUCGUUCAGCCGGAUGGAUCCUAUCAAAUGGUCUCGGAAUGGCUCUUGGAAACUGAUGGAACUGCUCUUUUGAGGGUAGGUGGGGCUUUGGACUUGAAAAAACGGAAUUUUUUGGAAUUUUUUUUUCGGUUUUUGGGAUAAAAAUUGAUUUUUUAAAGUUAUUUUGGAAAAAUUGAAGGGGCUAAUGGGUUUUAAAUUACAAAUUGGAGUAUUUUAUUUUUAUCUGAGAACGAUUUUUGUAAAGAAAAAUUAAGAAAAGACAAUGAUUUUUGAGGUUUUUUGAGGAAAUUGCCCGUUUUUGAAAUUUUUUAAAAUGUUUUUGUUUUUUCGUAAAUUUAAGAAACUUUAGGUAUUGAAAAUAGUAAAUAGAGGUAUUAGAUAAAAUUUUGGGAAUGGUUUUUGUCCAAAAAAUUUUGAAAAACGAUGUAUUUUUGAGAUUUUUUCAAUUUUUUUAAUAAAAUUUUAAUGAAAAAUUUGAAGAUUUUACGGUGAUUUUGGCUUUUUCAGGUGCUCAGUGAGGAAUAUGUGGACCCCUCGAGAACCACCACCAACGAUAUUUGCGAAAUUUUCGAGGUCCUGGGAAUCGAAGCGGUCCGAAAAUCGAUCGAAAAAGAGAUGAAUCAAGUCAUUUCCUUCGACGGUUCCUACGUCAACUACCGUCAUUUGGCCCUCCUUUGCGAUGUGAUGACCGCCAAAGGCCAUCUGAUGGCCAUUACCCGGCAUGGAAUCAACCGACAGGAAGUGGGCGCCCUGAUGAGAUGCUCGUUUGAGGAGACUGUGGACAUCUUGAUGGAAGCCGCAAUGCACGCCGAAGUGGACCCCGUCAAAGGCGUCUCCGAAAACAUUAUGCUCGGCCAACUGGCCAAGGCCGGAACCGGCUGCUUCGACCUGGUUCUGGACUCGGAAAAGUGCAAACUCGGCAUGGAAAUCCAAGCGAACACGAUCGGAAUGAUGGGCGGCGCCUUCUUCAACGACGGAAUGAGCUCCCCGGCAUCGAGUUCCAUGUCCCCAAGCCGCACCCCCUGGCAGGGCGGCCCCACCGGCGCCACCCCCUCCUACGCCGGCGACGGCGCCUGGAGCCCCAUGGGACCGGGCGGAGUCACUCCAGGCGGAGCAUUCUCCCCAGUCGGCGCCGGCUCCGACUCCGGCUUCAGCCCCGCCUAUAGUGAAGCGUUCAGCCCGAGAGGCGCGCAAUCCCCUGGAAUGUCGCCCGGAUACAGCCCACGCCCCGGACAAUCCCCAGCAUAUGCGAUGUCCCCAUCCUACAAUCCGGGAGGAGGAUACUCACCAACUUCCCCAUCUUAUUCACCAACCUCCCCUGCAUAUAACCCAUCAUCGCCGAGAUACUCCCCAACCAGCCCGAGCUACUCACCCACGAGCCCGAGCUACUCCCCAACGAGUCCGAGCUACUCACCCACAAGUCCGAGCUAUUCCCCGACUAGCCCCAGCUACUCCCCCACCAGCCCCAGCUACUCGCCCACCUCCCCGGCCGCCGGAAACGCCUACUCCCCGUCGAGUCCCAGCUACUCACCGACCAGCCCACGGUACUCCCCGACGAGUCCGAGUUACUCCCCAACCAGCCCAAGUUAUUCACCGACCAGCCCGAGCUACUCGCCGAGCUCACCGAGUAAGUUGGAUUAUAUUGUAGUAGACAGGAAGAAAUUGGUGAAUUUAGAAAAUUGAAGGGGUUUUAGAAGGAAAUUGGUGUUGAAAAGGAAUGUUUAGACAAUAGCAGAGGACUGGCAAGCAUUUUGGAGAUGUUUUCCUGAGUUUUGAGAAAUAAUGUAGGGCGCAGCUCGCGAAAAAACUUUUGCUCAAAAGUCAAAGAAAAAGUAUAGAAUAAGAUUUGUAAUGUUGGUAUAUGGGCAUUUAUGCAGUUUUUAAGGUUUUGCAAAAAUUUUUGAGGUUAACUUAGGGCGCAGCUCGCGAAAAAAAAUUUUGUCAAAAAGUCAAACAAGAGGUGUAGAAUAAGGUUUGCAAUGAUAGUAUAUGAUCCUUUAUGCAGUUUUUAAGGCUUUGCAAAAAUUUUGGAGGUUAACUUAGGGCGCAGCUCGCGGAAUUGAAUUUUUUGAAAAAUCUGGGAAAUGUUUUAGGGAUCGCUUCAAAAUGAAAAAAUGGCAAGAAUAGAGAGUAAUGAGCGAUUUCAGGCUACUCCCCAUCCUCCCCACGGUACUCACCCAGCUCUCCGGCCUAUUCUCCAUCAUCUCCACAGUACUCGCCGACCAGCCCACAGUACAGUCCGUCGAGCCCGCAAUACUCGCCGUCCAGUCCUCAAUACAGUCCGUCGAGCCCGUCCUACUCGCCCAGCUCACCCCAAUACUCACCGAGCUCACCGCAGUACUCACCGAGCAGUCCAAGGGUAGGAUAAUAUAAUUUGAUAUGAUUUUUGUUGAAUUUGAUCAAAUUUUUGAGUUUUUGAUGUGAUUUUUUGGUGGGAAUAGAAAAUUAGGGUGUGAAAAGAAGUAAUAAUCGAUUUGAGUUGGUGAAUAAUAGUUUUUGUUGCAGUACUCCCCCUCAUCUCCACAAUAUUCCCCAUCCAGCCCACAAUACAGCCCGUCGAGCCCGCAGUACUCGCCCUCCAGCCCGCAGUACUCACCCUCCAGCCCACAAUACAGCCCAUCCUCUCCACAAUACUCUCCAUCGAGCCCACAGUACCCAUCAACCAGUAAACAACACGAAAAACGCAGCUAAACCCAAAAAAAUCGAAAAAAUCCCCGAUUUUUGUCGAAAAAUCCCCAAAAAAGAUGUAAAUUGGAAGGAAAAUGCAGGUGGAUGGUGUAGAAUGGAAGAAUAUUGGAGAAGCAGAAGAUUACAAUGGAUUUUGCUACCAAUUAUAUCUAUUUUACAGUAGUUUUUUGUCUUUUUUUGUUGGUUUUGCAGUAUAUUUUAUUUUCUCUUGGUCUCCGUUCUGAAUACCGCUAUUGGUGUAAAAGAAAAACACAAAAAAAGGGUCGUCUAUUGCGUUAACAUAUUUGUCAUUUUCUAUUCGAACUAAAUAAAUGUUGUUAAUUUAUGGAAGUUUGAAGUUUGAGGAUUUUUCUUUGAUUUCGCAGCGGAUUUCCGUUGAAAAUACUUGAUUUUUUGGGGAUUUUGGGAUGUUUGAAGAUGAAGGGUGGUGUGAAGAUUAAUUUGGAAUGUUUUGGAGGCGAAUGUUUGCUGAUUUUUUUGGAAAUUUUGAAGAUUUUUGAAUUUUAGCCCGGAAAUUUGGAAUUUUUUUUAUUUUUUGAUUUUUUAGGCACGUUUUGAAGGAAAUUUUGUGGUCUCGAGUUAAUUUGAGGCUAUUUAAAUAUAGCUGAAUCGAAAUACAAUAAAAAUAGGGAAAGAUUUGUUGAUUUUUUUGGAAAUUUUGAAGAUUUUUGAAUUUUAGCCCGGAAAUUUGGAAUUUUUUUUAUUUUUUGGAUUUUUUAUCCAAAUUUUGAGGGAAAUUUUGUGGUCUCGAGUUAUUUUGAGGCUAUUUAAAUAUAGCUGAAUCGAAGAUUUGUAUAAUUUUUUGGAAAUUUCGAAGAUUUUUUGGAUUUUAGGCCGGAAAUUUGGAAAUUUUUUAUUUUUUGGAUUUUUUGUCCAAAUUUUGAAGGAAAAUUUGUGGUCUCGAGUUGUUUUGAGGCUAUUUAAAUAUAGCUGAAUCAAAAUUUAAUAAAAAUAGGGCAAGAUUUGUUGAUUUUUUAUCCAAUUUUUGAAGGAAUUUUUGUGGUCUCGACUUAAUCUGAGGCUUUUUAAAUAUAGCUGAAUCAAAAUUGAAUAAAAAUAGGACAAGAUUUGUUGAAUUUUUUGGAAAUUUCGAAGAUUUUUGAAUUUUAGCCCGGAAAAUUAGAAAAUUUUUUGUUUUUUUGAUUUUUUAUCCGAUUUUUGAAGGAAGUUUUGUGGUCUCGAGUUAUUUUGAGGCUUUUUAAAUACAGCUGAAUCAAAAUUGAAUAAAAAAUUUUAGGGUAUCCGCAAAAAAUCUCAAAUUUUCGACCUUAUUUUAGAUGUCAGAACAGGCCACCAAAAAAGUGGAGCAACUCGAGCUCCAUCUCUUCGGCUCCGUCGCCAAACAAACGUCGGAUCAAGAGGAAACGGACUCGGAUCGGUCCGGCUCCGACGACGAAGAAGCGGCCCAAAUUCGGCCGAAAAAACGCAACGCAAAAAAGCUCAAAGAACCCGAGCCACAGCCGAAAAAAGCUAAUACUGAGUGUGUUUGGAGCGAUGAAGACGAUGCGGAUGUGUCGUUGAGCACAUCAUUCAUCCGAGAAAAUGCUCCGGGACUGUUGACGGGAAAGGAUUUGACCAAGAAGGAGAAAAUUGAAGUAAAUUUUGGGAAUUUUUGUAUUUUUUUGGGAAAUGUUGGCCAUUUUUUGGGGAGAAAAGAGUUUUUUGGGUGGGAAAUGAAAGAUUAGGAGGUGAUAUGUUAUUUAGAAACAGAUUUUGUGGGUAAAAUACGGAUUUUAGCUAUUAAUUUUUUGGAAAUUGAGGAAAAAUUUUUUGAUUUUUUGCUUUUUUCAAUUUUAGAGAACCUUAAAACCCCAAAAAACAAUAGAAAAUAAAAAAAACUCUAAAAAUCCACAUAAAUUUUUAUCCAAAACUUUUGGAUUGUCCAGAAAGUUCGUUCGUUUCUUUAUUCUUUAGUUUUACCGGUAUUUGUUUGCUCUUUGGCAAAUUGUAUAUAUUUAUUUGAUACGUCUUUUUCUCCUCUACAAAGCUGUGUUUCUUUAUUUUUUCUUUUUUGAAAAUUUAAUUUUUUAUUGUUUUUCGCAGGCAAAUUUUUGACUCCUGCAUGGUUCAUUUUUGAGCCCGAAAAAUAAUAAAAAAUUAAAUUUUCAAAAAAACUUAAAACACAGCUUUGUAGAGGAGAAAAAGCCGUAUCAAAAAAAUAUUUACACUUUGCCAAACAACAAACAAAUCCUUGUAAAACAAAAGAAUAAAAAAACGAACGAACUUUCUGGACAACCCAAUAGUUUUCGAUGAAAAUUUAUGUAGAUUUUUUGGGGUUUUUCUUAUUUUUUUGUGUUUUUGAGGGUUUUAAGGCUCUCUAAAAUUGAAAAAAGCAAAAAAUCAAAAAUUUUCCUCAAUUUCCAAAAAAUUAAUAGCCAAAAUCCGUAUUUUACCCACAAAAUCUAUUUCUGAAUUACAUAUCACCUCCUAAUCCCUCACUUCCCACCAAAAAACUCUUUUCUCCAAGAAAAAUCUCCAAAAAACACCAAAAAUUCCCAAAUUUGGAUGAAAAUUCAUGUAGAUUUUUUGUUUUUUUAUGUUAUUUGUGUUUUUGAGGGUUUUAAGGCCCUCUAAAAAAUAUAAAAAAUUUGCAUGUCUUAAAAAGCACAGACAUACGAGCAAUUUCCAGAAAUACUCCUCCGAAAUCCGCGAUCAGUUCAUCGAACGAGCCCGUCUCGGCCAGAAGCCGGAAUGGCUCGCGAAAGCCGAAGAAGAGCACGCCACCCAGAAGCCGGCCGAGGAUUCGGACGAAGAGGACGCCCUUCAAGGCCUGUUUGGACUCCAAAAGUCGGCCUCGAAAUAUAUUGGACGUCCCGCGACGUUGCCCAAGGCUUAUCUUCAGUCCUCGAAACUGCCCGACCCUACCAUGGCCAAUCGAAAAGAGGUAUGUAGAGGUUAAUUUUGGGACGAGUAGAAACGAUAGGGCUUGAAAUCCCGGGAUUUUUACAGAUUCUAAAGCAAAAAUGAGAUUUAGCCGGGGCGCAGCUCGCCAAAAUUUUUUUUUGAUUUAAUUGUGUUUUAAAUACGAUUUUUUGUUCUGUGGACGCAUGAGCAUUUCAUCUAUGCAAUUUUUUAAAUUUUUCGUUUUUAUCCAUCCGAAGCUAGGGCGCAGCUCGGAAAAUUGAAUUUAAUCGAAUUUGGACUAAAAUUCGAUUGAAUAAUAAUAGUGAACGUCUGAAAAGCGUUUUCAACGCAAAAUUAAUAAAUUUUAAUGCAUUUCAAAACGAAGCUAGGGCGCAGCUGGCAAUAUCCAAAAUUAUUUGAGUUUGCAUUUUUGGGAAUUUUGAUGGUUAUAAUUGAUUUUUUUCAGGGAAAUAAGAUAAAAGUCGUUCUAUUCCACCCCACAGAACCGGUCCUUGUCACCGCCAACACCUCCGGUCAUGUUCAGUUGUAUCGAGUCGCCAGAUCGCCAACCGACCUCCAAAAGCCAACAGAAUCCCCAUUCCUGCAAGAAAUACGCGUCAAGAGGUUCAAAGUGGACUCGCUGGAUUUUUACGACGAUGCAACUUCGUUGUUUUUAUCGUCCAAUCGAAAUGUGAGGCUUGAUGUUAUGGAUAAUAUAAUUUAUAUGAAAUGAUUGUAAUAUUUUGGGUUUUAGGAGUUCUUCUAUCAAUAUAAUCUCAUGGACGGUCAUAUUGAACAACAGUUAUACCCGAAAAGUGAGUUUUGAGAGGGCAUUUUGGGUUACUGUAGUUUUCGUGGCGGGACCCAAAUUUUUUUGAAAAUUGAGAUUUUUUGGGAAAAAAGGAGUUGUAAAGAUGUAGAGAGGAAGAAUAUACAGAAGGAAUUAUUUUUUAUUUUAUUUUAGACCGAGUUUUUGUCGAAAUUUUUUUUUUUUUUUUUUUUUUUGAUUUUUUUAAAUAUUUUUUUUUUGAUUUUUAGACAUUGCCAGAGAAUGGAAGACCGGCCUCAGGUCCCGUUUGUCCUCUGACGGCGCACUGGUCGCGUUUCUAGGCCAAAACGGCGAACUUUUCGUCUUCCACAGAGCCACAAUGGAACAUUUGCAUACGUUUAUGGCCUCCUCCAGACUUGCGGACGCCCGCUUCUCCCCGUUGGACCGAAAUACGAUCAUAGGACUCACAGACUCCGGCGAAGGCUUCAUUUGGAAUCUGAAGGCCAAAGGAGAACAGAAAGUUUUCCGAGACCAGGGCGCAGUUCGCUGCACAACGUUGAGGCUGAGCGAGAAUGGACAGUUCAUCGCGAUUGGGUAGGUGAUUUAGGGUCUCUGUGUAUGAUUUAUAAGCUAAAAAAAUUUUGGGAGGUUUUUGAAAUUUUUUUAAUUGGCAGCCUGCGCCCAUGCUUGAAGAAAAUUUUUUGGAAUAUUGGUUCUUUUAAAGUUUUUUUUGCGUUGUUUUAUCUUUAUUGAAGAAGUUUUUUCACAGAAAAUGAUCAACUUUUUUUGUACAGCGGAUUUUACAACGGCGAGCUGCGCCCAGACUUGAAUUUAAAACACCCCAUAAUUUUGCAAAUUUUCAGCCAAAACACUGGAAUUGUGAAUGUUUACGACUUGAAGACAGUGAAAAGUGAGGAGAACCCAACUCCGCUGUAUGUCUUCACCAAUCUUACCACCUCUGUGACCUUCCUACAAUUCAACAUGGGCUCGGAAAUGCUGGCGUUUGGAUCGGAUGAAAAGGUAGGCACUUUUAAAUUUAGUGUUAGUGGAUGUAAAGGGAGGUGUAGUAGGUUUUAGCGAAAUUUGGAGGGAUUUUUUAUUUGACGAGCUGCGCCCUAACAUCAGAUUUUUGGAUCGAGUUUUUGGUGUGGAAAUUUUUCUGAAGAUGUGUGAGGGAUUAAAUGGAAUGUUAAGAAGUUAUUUUUGGGUUUAGAGUGGAAAUUGGAGAGUUUUUCAGAGUUCGAGCUGCGCCCGAGCUUCAGAAUUUUUUCGUUAUUUUAAAAAUUCAAGUUGAAUUUGAGGAUGAUUUGGACUAAAAUGGAGCUAAAAAGCGUUGAUAGUCCCUUUUUUAUAACGAUUGAGCGUUUUUAUUUCAUGGCGAGCUGCGCCCGAGCUUCGAAAUUUUUUCGUUAUCUUGUAAAUUCAAGUUGGAUUUGAGGAAGAUUUAGGCUAAGGCGAGCUAAAAAAACAAUGAUAAUUCAUUUUUCAUAACGAUGGGGCGUUUUUAUGAGAUGGCGAGCUGCGCCCGAGUCUCUGAAUUUUUAUCCAAUUUUUUUAGCUUUUAAGAUCAGAAUGACUUUUAAAGGUCUUAACAGAGUAGCAACAAAAUUUUGGAAGUGUUUACGUAUUUUUUUAAUUGUUAAAAUUGUACAUAUCCAUUAAAAUGACGUCAUUUCCAAUUCACAAUACAGUAAUUCUCGAUUUUCAGCCAAUGCACUACCGAAUUGCCCACUUACAAUCGGGAACGGUCUUCAAAAACUUCCCACCCAAGAAUGAAAUGCUCUCGAAGGACAUUGUGACCUGUGCCGACUUCUCUCCCCACUCCGCUUUCGUCGCUUUCGGCACCUCGAAAGGCGCCCUCCGCCUUUAUCGGUUGAGCUAUUUCGACAAAUAUUGA